CAGAGACGAUGUGCGAUAUGCCCAUGACCUGCACAAGACUUCUUAGCCUCUUGUCAGUAUUCGAGAUCUCCCAAGACACAGCAGCCCAAUCUGCUCUUGAUCGUGAUCGAUAUCUCGCGAUAUGCUGAGUCCCGGUACUUUCGGACACGAUGUGGAAUGGGCGUCUAUUCAAGGAAGGACGUUUACGAAAUGGAUCAAUACGAAGCUAGCCGCCAAGGAGUUGGCGCCCAUGCGGGACUUGAUCCCAGACAUUUGCGAUGGAACAAAGCUCAUCCAGCUCCUAGAAACCAUGUCAGAUACGUCACUUGGUCGAUAUAACGCAACACCAAAGUUUCGGGUACAGCGAGCCGAAAACGCGAAAAAGGCGCUAGAUUUCGUUCGAAGCAGAGGGAUCAGGUUGACUAACAUCGGUCCCGAAGACAUCGUGGACGGCAAUUUGAAGAUUAUCCUUGGUCUGAUCUGGACGUUGAUCUUGCGCUUCACUAUCGACGGUAUCACGGAGGAGGGUCUUUCGGCCAGAGAAGGUCUAUUGCUGUGGUGUCAGCGGAAAACAUCGGUUCCGCCGUAUUCAGAAGAUGGGGUGGAAGUACGGGACUUUGGGAAGAGCUUCACUAGCGGGUUGGCCUUCUGCGCUCUGAUACAUCGUCAUCGACCGGAUCUGCUGGAUUGGGAUACGUUGGAUAAGACAAACGCCGAAGCAUGUACGACAUUGGCCUUUGAUAUAGCAGCCAAACAUCUUGGAAUCCCUCAACUUUUGGAAGUUUCGGACGUCUGUAACAGCGUACCGGAUGAGCGAUCAGUAAUGACAUACGUGGCCGAGUUCUUCCACGCAUUCAGUAGUCUAGACAAGCAAGAGACGACUGCGAGGCGAGUGACGCAAUUUGCAGAGAUGCUCAAGGCGCUUCAGGGAUCACAAUCGGCUUAUGAGCAUGGGACCCAGAAGCUUAUAGACAGUAUGACCAGCCAGAUAGACCAGUUCCGCCGGAUAACAUUUACAGGCGAUUACGCUGAUGCCAGGAAGCAUUUCGACGAUUUCGCAAAAUACCCCGUCAUCAAACGAGACUUUGCGAAGAACCGACAGUAUCUAGCGACGAAUUUCGGCAACAUACAAACGAGACUCAAGACGGCCGGCAUCCGAGGCUAUCGACCGGUAGAAGGGGUAGGAUUGGAGGAAGUAGAGAGAGUAUGGCAAGAAUUGGUAGCCACGGAAGCUGCAACGUCCAAGGCCAUCAAUGCAAACCUUCUCGGAAUCAAGGACCGCCUCAAACAGGAAUAUAGAGCAGCAGCCAAAUCUCUGGACACGCGAAUCGCGGCCCUGCAAGACGAGUUGACGCAUAUGCAAGGUAGCCUCGAAGCCCAACAAUCCAUCAUGCCAAAAUUUCGAGCGGCUGCGUCCAGUCUCAAGCAAAAUCUGGAGGCCGUAGACGAGGUGGGCAAGGCCUGUCGGGAGGCUAAAAUCGACGAGAUCGACCUGGGAGCAUCGAGCGUCAAGGAUUUUCAGUUCGAGCUGGGUCUUUUGGACGAUACCAUUCGCCAAAAGGAGAGCUUUAUCGAGAACCAGAUUCGCGCGGCGAGCACGACGAAUGUCACGGCCGAUCAAUUGGGCGAAUGGGAAGAGGUAUGGCAGCGGUUCGAGAUGGAACCGAAUGAUCAUCUCGAUUAUUAUCAACUCAACUCGGCGCUUGCCGCCUUGGGCAUGACGUUCACCGAGGAAGAACUUGAACGGCUAUAUCGAAACACCUGUGCACAAUUCGGGGCGGUAACGCAUGACGCAUUCGUCCAUCUACUGGUGGAAAUCACAGAAGAUUCCUCUUCCAUGGACCAGCUCUUGGAGGCUUUCCACAAUCUCGCCAACGGUGACCGUCUCAUCACAGAGACGGAUAUGCGUCAGGCACACUUGUCUUCAGAGGUUACGAGCUUCUUGAAGCAGACCAUGCAGGCGGUAGACGACGAGGGACAUGCCGGUUACGAUUAUGAGAAAUUCUUGCACGACACAUUUGUAGCAUGAUCACCAUUUGUACGAGUUGUGUAGAUAUAGACACCGGCUACAACCGUUUAUCUCGAGAUUCAAGGUAAUGAACGAUUU